AGUGAAGUAAUGAAUAGGACAAGAAAAAGUUUUGGGACGGACGAUUUUGGUGUAAGUGAAAGUAGCAGAAAAGUUAUUGAUAAACUAAGGAAGAAGCGAUUCGCAAAAAGGAAACGUCGCUCUCAGGUUGAAAGCGUUGAGGCAGACGAUACAAAACGUUUUACGAGUUUUUCUUCGUUCCCACUGUCUAAGCAGACUCAGGAAGGCCUUGAGAAAAAUCACUUUUUGAAACCUACGGAGAUUCAGCGUGAUUCUCUCCCUUUCUCUCUGAGAGGUGUUGAUGUAGUAGGAGCUGCGAAGACUGGAAGUGGCAAAACACUUGCUUUCCUAAUUCCAUUAUUAGAGUGUCUCUGGCGUCAACACUGGUCAAGAACCACAGACGGUCUAGGUGCUCUUGUGAUUACACCUACUCGCGAACUAGCUUAUCAGAUCUUUCAAGUAUUAAAUAGGAUUGGCGGCAGUCAUCAUUUUUCUGUUGCUCUUUUAAUUGGAGGAGGUGAUAUCGAAUUUGAAAAGAACCGUGUACAGAAGGUAAACAUUGUCAUAUCUACUCCUGGUAGAUUGUUGCAGCAUAUGGAUGAAAACAGCAUGUUUACUUGUGACCAACUGCAAAUGCUUGUUAUAGACGAGGCUGAUCGGAUACUGGACUUAGGUUUUGCUUCUCAGAUGGAUGCUAUUUUGAGCAAUUUACCAAACGAAAGACAGACUCUUUUAUUUUCUGCUACUCAAACAACAAACGUGGAAGAGUUAACGAGGUUGGCAUUAAGGGAUCCAAUCUACGUUUCAGUUCACGAAAAUGCUUCUGAAGCAACCCCUGAGCAGUUGCAACAGAGCUAUCUUAUAUGCCGGGACGAAGACAAAAUAAACUUUUUAUGGUCCUUCUUUAUGAACCAUCAGAAAAAAAAAUCUCUGGUUUUUGUGUCUACCUGUAGACAGGCUCGUUUUCUAACUAAAGCUUUCCACCAUUUACGCCCCGGUUUGCCUGUUUUUGGUUUGUGGGGUACUAUGAAUCAAAGCAGAAGACUACAAGUCUUUGAAACGUUUAACGAAAGAAAGUCUGCAGCAGCAAUGGUUGCUACCGAUGUUGCUAGCCGUGGGCUUGAUUUUGCACGAGUCGACUGGGUAAUCCAAUUAGAUUGCCCUGCUACUGUUGAGGAUUACAUCCACAGAGUAGGAAGAACUGCAAGAAUGGAUGAGAAAGGAGAAGCGGUAUUAGUUUUAACUCCGAGUCAGGAAAAGUCUAUGUGCAUUCGCCUUGCUGCUCGCAAAGUUCCCAUCAGUAAGAUUAGGUUAGGAUUGAUUCAUUUAACAGGAAGAACUCUGGCUGAUAUUUCGAAUAAAUUACAAAGCAUUCUUAUAAAGAUUGAAGGCCUAAAACAGUUUGCACAACAGGUUUUCAAAUACAGUAACAUAUUUGAUGUGGCGAGUAUAGAUGUCGGUGCGCUAGCAAAUUCCUAUGGCCUGUCUACUGCGCCGCGACUAAGGUUCCUGACUCGUGCUUCUCGGAACAACAAAAGAAACGCACAGUCUAAGGAUGAUGAAGCUGUAAAGGAAAAUGGGAAUAGAGAAAAAACUUGUUCUGAACUACUAGAUAUGUUUAUGGAAGCUGGGAGGUCGGAUGAAGCGAAGAAGCUAAAGAAACGUUUAGCAAAGGAGAAACAGGAUGUAAACAAAGAUGAAGCGUCGAUUGAUCUUGGUGUCGAAGACGAAAGCGAUGGAGACGAAGUUGAUUUAUCUUGGUUACCCGAUCCUGACAAGCCUAAGAAGUACGACGCUUUAUGGAACGAAAUGUCGGAUGCUGAAAAGGAAGUUGGUCUUAUUUUUUUUGAAACAGGUUCUUUAGCUAAAAUGAAAAAACAUGUUUCAUAUGUGACUGGCUGGCCAGAAGUUAUUCUUUUUGAUAUUUUGUAUCACUUGCUGGAGCAAUUCAGAGAGUCUGCAGAUAGGUUUAAUUGUUAA